AGAGAUACAUUUUAGCACAGCCAUAUGCUUACGGCUUAAGCGAUAUAUUCUCAGUUGAUCGUUGACCAUAGCCGUGUUAAGAUCGAAAAAAUUAAGACACAAAAAAAUAAUUUAAAGUGAAUAAAAAAAGAUAAUUUUGGAUGUGUUGAAUAAUUCAAUUUGUAAAUAAUAUAAGCUUAUUAUCACACUGACGCCAUGAGUUCAAUGAGCAUCCGCUCAACAGCCACAAUACUUUACUUCUUUUGCAUUGUCCAAUUUCGGAAUGUAAACAGUCAGCAGCAAAACCCUUUUCAAUAUUUAAUUGAGCAAACUAAUUAUCUAAUUUAUAAUUCAAGUAGUAUCAUUGAAGAUACGACAAGCUUCUUUCCAUCUUAUGACUUCAUCAUUGUUGGUUCUGGCAGUGCUGGAUCUGCUUUAGCAAAUCGUUUAAGCGAAAAUAAGAAAUGGAAAGUUCUUUUGCUAGAAGCGGGACGUCAAGAGACAUUCCUUACAGAUGUGCCAUUAACUGCAUCGGCUAACUCAGCAACAUCAAAUAAUUGGGGGUACAGAACAGACCCAAAUACUCAGAAUGCAUGCUUAGGAUUGGAACAUGGAGUCUGCAAUUGGCCAAAAGGACGAGUUUUAGGUGGCACAAGUGUUCUCAAUUUUCUAAUUUAUACUCGAGGCCAUAGACGUGAUUACGAUCGAUGGGCUGAGUUGGGAAAUUAUGGAUGGUCGUUUGCCGAAGUCUUGCCAUAUUUUCGAAAAGUUGAGAAUGUAAAAAUUCCAUCUUUAAGACAUUCUCCAUAUCGUGGUAAUUCUGGUUAUCUUGAUAUUGAGUAUGCACCAUACACGUCUGCAUUACACAGCAGUUUUCGUGAAGCUGGAUUUGAAUUGGGAUAUGAUUAUAAUGAUCCAAAUGGAGAACAAGUUUUAGGCUUCUCACAAGCACAAGCAACAAUGAGAAAUGGAAGACGAUUGAGUGCAGCAAAAGCAUAUUUACGUUCUGUAGCUGCAAAAAGAGAUAAUUUGCAUAUAUCAACUAGUUCUUGGGUUACAAAGAUCGUCAUUGAUCCAUUCACGAAAACAGCAUUAGGCGUAGAAUUCAUUAAAAAUCGAAAACGAUAUUUCAUUAAAGCCAAGAAGGAAGUAAUUUUAUCUGCAGGUACCAUUGGCUCAGCUCAACUACUGUUAUUGUCCGGUGUCGGUCCAAAAGAAGACUUACAGAAACUCAAUAUUCCAGUUCUCUCAGACCUUAAAGUCGGCUAUAAUUUACAAGAUCACGUGUCAUUGUCUCCGUUGACAUUCUUGGUCAAUCAACCAGUCACGGUGUUGGAGAGCAACAUGAGAAGACCGAAAUUUGUGCUUGAAUAUCUUUUCAAAAACGGUGGUCCAUUUACUUUACCCGCAGGUGCCGAAGGAAUUGCUUUUGUGAAGACUAAUAUUACGUACUUACCUGCUGACUAUCCUGAUAUUGAACUCGUGAUGGGUAUUGGCGCUUUUACUGGUGACGAAUCAGGUUUCCUUCGAAAUGUCUUUGGAAUUCCAAAAGAGUUUAUAGAUAAAGUCUUCGGAAAUGUAAUUGGAAAACAUGCAUUUACAAUUGCGCCAGUUCUUAUGAGACCGAAAAGUAGAGGACGACUUUAUUUAAAAUCUACAAAUCCCUUCCAACAUCCUCAUUUAAGACCAAACUUUUAUUCAAACAGGGAAGACUUAAUUAUUCUCAGAGAAGGCAUAAAAAUGGCACUUCGAGUCGGUGAAGCAAACGCUUUCAAGAAAUUCGGUACGAAAUUCCACGAUGUGCCAUUUACUGGCUGUGAACAUCUUCCAUUUAGAUCUGAUGACUAUUGGGAAUGCUGCAUUCAUCGAUAUGCUUCAAGUUUGCAGCAUCAAGUUGGCACAUGUAAAAUGGGAGUUGAUAAAGAGUCUGUGGUUGAUCCAGAACUGAGAGUAUAUGGAAUAAGAAACUUACGCGUAGCUGAUGGAUCAAUAAUGCCAGAAGUUCCAGCAACUCAUCCUAAUUCUGUUAUUUUUAUGAUUGGAGAACGAGCGGCUGAUAUGAUUAAGAAAACUUGGGGUUCAUAUUGAUGAGCUAGUGGAUUAUUGUAUAAUAUUAAUGAGCUAGUGUAAAUACUAAAGGUACUGGUUAAAAAUAUUCUCGGAAACGGAAGUAGUCUGCAGUUGUUUACAAAUGACAUUAAAUUUGUUCCAAUUAAAAAUCGAGAAGUAAUGAGAACAAAAAAUAUGAGCACAGCGAACAAAAUUAUAUUCUCCGAAUGCCAAAUGUAUAAUUAGCAUAAAGUUUUCAAAUUAUGCUUAAAUACUGCUAUAGAGUCGUUCAUUAAUGAUGUCCAACAUUUAUUACAUUUUUCUCUAGUCUUAAUAUUAAUGUAACUUUUACUAUAAAUUUUUCUCUAAUGGCACAUGACAUGGAGGUCGA